AUGGCUGGCGACAACCGCGAUGUCGCGGAUUUGUGGAAAGAUGCUCUGAAGACUUACAAGGGCAUUGUGGGUUUCGACCUGGAGCGCAAGUUCGAGAAUAUAGACGCAAUUAUAGACGCAAUGAUCACCCGGGGCACCAAGGAGAUGCAGAACUUCCAUAAGUUUCGUCACGACGACAAGAAGGUCGACAAGUUGCGCGGGCUCUUCUGGGAAAACCUGGACUACAUCGAGAAGGGCACACAACAGCUCGUCGCGGCCGUCGUGUCGGCCUUCCCGCCGGCCGCGGCAAUUGGCACCGCCGUUACCUUCAUGCUGAGCAAGAUGGAUCUGCGGAUCCGACGCCUUCGAGAGGCGACCGAGUUCGCCAUCCUGGGCAACAUCGAAGGGAUCCAGAAGGUGACCUCGGAGUUGCUCGAGAACCAUCACUUCCAGAUGGCGAUGCUCGAGGAGCAGAUGCAGGUCAUGAGCGUCGUCUGGGACACGACCGAGAGCUUCCUCGACGACAUGGCGAAACUCCUCAGGGCAUUUGACGACCAGAAGCGGGAGCAGAGCAAACCACGCGGCAGCGGAGAACAGAAGGGCGAGUCCUCUGCUGCGGAGCACGGCAAGCAUCUAGUGGCGAAGCGCAUCCGAAACACCCUGACGAAAGUCGAAGACGCGGACCACGAGUAUCACGUGUUACAGGAGACGAUAGUGCCCGACACGUGUGUCUGGGCGUUUCGGGAGCCUGAGUGGGAAAGGUGGCUGAACCAGCAAGAUUUGCCGAAUACCGUCCUCGCCAUCACUGGAAGCCCCGGUACGAGCAAGAGCCAUCUCGCGUUCUCCGUCUACCAAGCCCUGAGAAGCGAGAAGGCGGCCAGAGACUCGUCGAGGCGAACGUGCGUGGCUCAGUUCUACUUUCGCGAGCAGAACGAAAGCCUCUCGUCCUUCGCCAACGGUGUCAUCAGCGCCAUCAAUCGAGUCGCCGAGCAGAGCCCAGAGCUUUGCGAGGCCUUGUAUGCAGAGACCGUCCGCGAUGAGUCUCAGAUCAACCAAGGAAGCUCCGAUGACCUCUUACGCAAGCUCCUAGGCGUUGCGUUUGGCAAAGAUUCAAAUGGCCGCUUGUUCUUGGUGCUUGAUGGAGUCGAUGAGAUUGCUGCCAACGACCUUGCCCUCUUUGGAUCUGACUUCAACGUUCAGGAGUCAUCCUCGAAACCCCCUUUGAAUAUUGAAAUCGCGAGGGAGAAGCAGAUGAUGGACCUGAGAACCAUCAUCUGGGCUCGCAUAAACUCCCUGAGCGCUCUCAAAAAGUUCAGCCGCUACGUUCAGCAGCGUGUUGCAGACAAGACAGAGGAGAUUGCACCUAUCAAGAUCAGAUCUUCCGGCCCCCCAAGAGUCAACACUCUUGAACGCGAAGGCGCCGUCCUGCGCAGUCUCGAGAAGCCUCUCCCCCGCACCCUCUACCAGCUGUACGAAGUAACGACUGCAGAGUGCUUCCGUUGGACCGAAUCCAGGCACCGUGAGCUUGUAUCCAAGCUCUUGCAAUGGAUUGCGUAUUCGCUCAGGCCUAUGAACUUGAAGGGAAGCCUGUCCCUACUACGGUUUUGGUCCAAUGAAAGUGACUUCGAUCUUGAAGAGAUACCGGAGCCCUUUUCCAAGCUCCUUCGGAUCUGCGAUCCGGACUCGGGCGCCGAAACACGGGCAAAGAUCUAG